AUGGAUGUGAAAUUUUCAGUGAUGAAUUCAAAUCUCUUAUGUAUACUCUUGUGGAAAGAAAACAUAGAACUCUCUUGGGAGUUGCAAGAUCUCUCAGGUUUCAAGCAGUUAUCUUCUGUUGAGAAUACUCCACCUUCUCUUUCUUUUCCCUCUUUACCUCCUAAGCAGGGGCAUGGACUUGGUUCUUCUUCAAUCUCACAUCCUCCUAAUUCUUCGUCCUUACCUCCUGUUAAUCAUUCCUCUACUCUCUUAGAUCCUACAACUACUCCUAUGCUCAGAAAAUCCACUAGAACCAGAAAUCCUCCCAUCCGGAUGCAUAUUGAUGUCCACAAUGCUUUCCACAAUAGAUAUAUCUUAGAAGAGGUGUACCUGCAUAUUCCUGAAGGUUUUUGCAGACAGGGGGAAACUCAAAAGAAGCCAGGUGAUGAAAUAGUGGUCAUUCUUGUUUAUGUGGAUGAUCUAUUGGUUACUGGGAACAAUCUCACGUUGAUAAAUCAAGCCAGAGCAGACCUACAACACAAGUUUAAAAUGAAGGACCUUGGAGACUUGAAGUUUUUCUUAGGGAUAGACAUAGCCAGGUCCAAAGAAGGAAUAGUGUUAAGUCAACGAAAAUAUGCUCUUGAAAUUAUUCCCGAGGCUGGCUUGAGUGGAGCAAAACCUCCUGGUACUCCACUUAAAGUAAACCAGAAGUUAACUUCAGCGGAAUAUGAUGAUCACAUCUCCUAUGGAACAAUAGAUGGUGAUGCAAUUCUUAAGGAUCCAGCAGCUUAUCAAAGAUUAAUAGGGAGGUUACCAUAUCGCGCCGUGAGCAGGCCAAACCUGUCAUUUGCGGUACAGGUGCUAAGUCAAUAUAUGCAUUGUCCAAAGACCAAACAUAUAGAAGCUGCUCUAAGGGUUGUGAGAUACAUAAAAGCUAGUCCUAGUCUGGGAUUGUUUAUGCAUGCAGAAACUACAAACAAGCUAACAACUUUCUGUGAUUCCGAUUGGGGUGCUUGUCUACAAACAAAGAAGUUAGUUGCAGGAUAUGUGGUAAAGUUUGGAGAUGCUCUGAUCUCUUCGAAGUUAAAGAAACAAGAGAUAGUGUCCAGAAGUUCUGCAGGAGUAUAG